AUGUCUUCCACCACUACGACGUUACUACCAGUCGUAGGCAACCCUGCCACGUACGACCCUCGCAUCGUCCUCGAUCAUCCUGAAUUCAGAAUCCUGUCGUCAGGAGAAACACCAGCCAAGACUGUGAACAUUGCUGCUUUCUAUAACCCAGCUCAUGAAAUACAUCUCGUAGAAAAGCCUCGUCCCAAACCCGGUCCAGGACAAGUUCUUGUGCACGUCAAAGCUACUGGAAUUUGCGGGAGCGACGUGCAUUUCUGGAAACAUGGUCAGAUCGGGCCGACGAUGGUUGUCAGAGAUGAGUGUGGAUCUGGUCAUGAAAGUGCAGGAGAAGUUGUUGAAGUCGGGGAGGGAGUGACUCUAUGGAAAGUCGGUGAUCGUGUUGCACUUGAGAAUGGCGUUCCAUGCUCUCUUCCAUCUUGCGACCCAUGUCGCUUAGGGCACUAUAACGGUUGCCCAGAUUCAGUCUUUUUCUCAACCCCUCCGUACCACGGUACUCUAACGAGGUGGCACGUUCACCCUGCUCAAUGGCUUCACCGUCUACCCGAUAACGUCUCCUUCGAGGAGGGAUCCCUUUGCGAGCCUUUGGCAGUAGCGCUGGCGGGAAUCGAGCGUUCUGGACUGCGUCUUGGCGAUCCUACUCUAAUUUGUGGCGCCGGACCGAUUGGCUUGGUUGCUUUACUUAGCGCAAGAGCUGCAGGAGCAGAGCCCAUCGUGAUUACCGACCUUGUCCAAAGUCGCCUUGACUUCGCAAAGAAGCUGGUUCCAGGCGUACGAACUGUACUCAUCGAUCGCAACAUAACACCUCAAGAGCAAGCCGAAAGCAUUAAACAGGUUGCAGAUGGUGCGGUGAAGGUCGUCCUUGAAUGCACCGGCUUCGAGAGCAGCAUUCACACUGGAAUUUAUUCGACACGCUUUAGUGGAAAAGUGUUUAUCAUUGGUGUUGGCAAGAGCGAACAAACUUUCCCAUUCAUGCACUUGAGUGCAAACGAGAUCGAUGUCAGCUUCCAGUUCCGAUACGCCAACCAGUACCCAAAAGCUAUUCGCCUCAUAGCUGGAGGCCUCAUCGAUGUCAAACCCCUCGUUACUCAUCGAUUCACUCUGGAAGACGCUGUAGCUGCAUUCCAUGUCGCAGCCGAUCCUUCGCAGGGUGCCAUCAAAGUUCAAAUUCAGGAUUAA